UACUAUAGAGUGCAAAACGUACCAGAUUGUGUCAGCCAAAGCAACUACGACCCUUAGAAAGAGUAAGAAACAAAUAAUAAUUCAACGCUAUGGAUUCAUCUAUUCCUAUAAGCACAAGCCUGAAUCUACAUCAAUUACUAGGCCUUGUACAUCAAUUACCCACCUAUGAAGGCCCACCUGACAAUCUUGAGAGAUUUAUAAGUAGAGUAGAACAGCUACUAUUGUUAGCCGGAUCAGUGGACAAAGCAACAUGCGGACAGUACUUGCUAGGAACUAUCCGUGACAAAAUUAAAGGCAGAGCAGACGAAGCACUGAGUGUCUGCGAUGUACUCCUCAGUUGGGAUGACAUUAAAUCAAAUCUCAAGCGACUAUACUCCAGCAAGAAGACAGAAGAAAUGCCUGUUAGAGAGUUACAUACUCUUCCGGAUGGACUCAGUAUGGGAAGAUUAUAUUUCACAGCCACGAGAAUAAGAAGUGAAUUGAUGUCACUGGCCAGAGAAGCAGACCCUAGUGGACACUCCCUCGCGUCCAAACAUGACCAAUAUGACAGAUUCUGCCUAAAUACAUUCCUAGUUGGAUUUAAGGACCCACUUAGGUCAGCCAUUAGAAACCAAAGGCCAGAGACGAUCGAGACGUACGAGUACGGACAGCUUGAACUAAACUGAAGUAAACUUUUCUAG